AUGACUCAACAGACAAAUUUGAAUAAUGAUGAUUUUGAAAUUUUAUAUGACACGUCACCGAUGAAUAUUCAAAAACCAUCCGAUUCUAUUAAUCUACCGAACGAGGAAAAAUCAAUAACAAUUAAUAAUCAAAGUAAACCUGUAAAUUCAAGCUAUUUACCAAUUCGAUAUGGUUCAGCAGCAAAUAUUCCAUAUAAAAGUGAUUUCGAUUUAGAAUCUAUUGUUGAUAAUAAUGUACAAAAAUAUCCUACUGUUAAUAAUAUCAAUGAAUUAUUGAUACAACAUGUUCAUGAUCGUAAUAAUCUGAUUCAACUAGCAAAACAAACUCAACAAGAUUUUAUAAAAGCUAUUCAUCUUGAUUGA